AGCCACACAUGUGCACAAUUUCUAUAUGGAAAUAGUUGCCACUACUAAAGAUCUAUAAAUACACACUUCACAACUCACACACACAACAGCAAAACAUAUUACAAAACAAAACAAAACAACCUUAUUUUUUGCAAAUCCCAACCUUAAUAAAAACACAUUCUUGUCUUGUGUUUGCGUUUAUUUUUUUUUCUUGUUGAAUAUUUCUACACAAAAAAUUUCUUGAUGGCAAAAGUUCAAGAGAUUCAUCAUAAUGGGGUGAACUUAUCAACCCAAAGAACUUUUGGAACAAAAUUCACAUCGGGGUUGAAAGAAACAUUUUUUCCUGAUGAUCCAUUUAGACAAAUUACGGAAGAAGAAAAAUCAUCUCGUAGGUGUAUUAAAGGGGUGCAAUAUUUUGUUCCAAUUUUUGAGUGGUUACCAAAUUAUACUUUGAGAUUAUUUUUCUCUGACUUAAUUGCUGGUCUCACCAUUGCUAGUCUUGCCAUUCCUCAAGGCAUUAGUUAUGCCAAACUUGCCAAUCUUCCUCCUCUCGUCGGCCUAUAUUCAAGUUUUGUGCCACCAUUAGUGUAUGCUGUUUUUGGGAGUUCAAGGCACAUGGCAGUUGGGACAAUAGCAGCAGCAUCAUUGCUUAUUGGCAACACAAUAUCAACUGUAGCAGACCAUGAAACAGAACCAGCAUUGUAUCUUCAUUUGAUUUUCACAACAACAUUUGUCACUGGUGUUUUCCAAACUUGUUUAGGUUUUUUCAGGCUUGGAAUAUUAGUUGAUUUCUUUUCCCAUUCUACCAUCACUGGCUUUAUGGGAGGAACUGCAGUGAUUCUAAUCCUUCAACAACUAAAGGGUAUAUUUGGAAUGAAACAUUUUGCAACUAAAACCAAUCUUGUGGCAGUGAUUGAGGGCAUCUUCACCAAUAGACAAGAGAUAAGAUGGGAAACAGCAGUUCUUGGAAUAUUCUUCCUUAUUUUCUUGCAAUUUACAAGGCAUCUGAGAGUUAAAAAACCAAAACUCUUUUGGGUAUCAGCUAUAGCUCCAAUGACAACUGUAGUUAUUGGUGGCAUUUUUACAUACCUUGUCAAGGGUCAAAAUCAUGGAAUUCAAAUUGUGGGGCAUCUAGACAAAGGAUUAAAUCCUAUAUCAAUCCAAUAUUUGACCUUUGAUAAAAGAUAUUUACCAGCAGUGAUGAGAGCUGGAUUAAUCACUGGAGUAUUAUCAUUAGCGGAAGGAAUAGCCAUAGGAAGAAGUUUUUCUGUUACUGAUAAUACACCUCAUGAUGGGAAUAAAGAGAUGAUAGCUUUUGGACUUAUGAACUUAUUUGGUUCUUUUACAUCAUGCUACUUAACUAGUGGACCAUUUUCCAAGACAGCUGUGAAUUAUAAUGCAGGAUGUAAAACUGCAAUGGCAAAUGUUGUACAAGCAAUAAUAAUGGCUCUAACACUACAAUUUUUUGCUCCAUUAUUUAGUAACACACCACUUGUUGCUCUAUCAGCUAUUAUUGUAUCAGCCAUGUUGGGGUUGAUAAAUUAUACAGAAGUUAUCUAUCUUUUUAAAGUUGACAAAUUUGAUUUUGUUAUUUGCAUGAGUGCAUUCUUGGGUGUUACUUUUAUAAGUAUGGAUAUGGGCCUCAUGAUCUCUGUUGGGCUAGGUUUACUUAGAGGAUUAUUAUAUACAGCUAGACCAGCAGCAUGUAGGCUUGGAAAAUUACCAGAUUCUGGUUUAUAUAGAGAUGUUGAGCAAUAUUCUAAUGCUUCAACAGUUCCAGGAGUUCUAAUUAUACUAGUUGGUUCACCUGUUUACUUUUCAAAUUCUACUUACCUCAAAGAAAGGAUUUUGAGAUACAUUCAAAGUGAACAAAGCUCUUCAGGAAAUACCGUUGAAUACGUCAUACUCGAUUUAACCGGAGUAACAUCCAUUGACACAACUGCUAUUGAAGGAUUAUUGGAAACAAGUAAAAUAUUGGAAAGGAAAGGAAUUAAGAUGUCACUAGUAAACCCAAGAUUGGAGGUUAUGGAGAAGCUAUUAGCAUCAAAAUUUGUUGAACAUAUUGGAAAGGAAGCAUUCUAUCUAAAUUUGGAUGAUGCAGUGAUUGCAAGUCAAUAUUCACUAAGAACAUCCAAGACAAACAAUAAUGACGACACAGUAUAAUAAGAAACUAUAUAUAUAUUGUGAUAUAUAUAUAUAUCAUUGUACAACAAAUCAAAAUUAGGUUGUACACACUUUGGUUAUUAUUAUCUUUUUGUAUCAAUGUUGUAUAACUGUUAUACUUUUUAUGGAAUUGAGAAUUUGUUUACUAAAAUGAUUUCUCUUCUCCUCUUACUUAAAAGAACAUGGCUUAGAAGAUGAUGAUUCAUGUCUUAUAUGUGAAUUAAAAGUAGUAAUUCCAAAAACUAUAGAUAAGAGAAUGAGGCAAUUAAUUAAGCUUGAUUCAAAAAACAAAAAUAAGUACAUUAUGUAACAUGUAUUAAGAGUUGUUUUUUUGUAAUAAUAUCCAACUUGAGAAGUAGAGUUGGCUAGACCUCCGGCAUUGUAAUAAAUGAUCUUGAUUUUCGUAUUUAA